CAUCACAGGGAGCCGGAUAAAAGGCCCCCGCGCCGCGGCGGAGCUAGACAGGAGCCAGCAGGGACGCGGAUGGAUCUGCAGCCCCAGAAGAACAUGAGGAAACCCGGGAGGCUGCGUUGCAGCGUGAAGCUGUUCGUCCUGUGCCACGGCCUCCUGCAGCUGUCUCAGCUGCUCUACACCACCUACUUCAAGAGCAUCAUCUCAACAAUCGAGAGACGCUACGGCCUCAGCAGCUACUCGUCGGGAACCAUUUCCUCUCUGAAUGAGGUCAGCAACAGCAUCCUGAUCGUGUUUGUCAGCUACUUCGGGAACCGGGUCCACCGGCCUCGCUUCAUUGGACUGGGCGGUGUGCUGAUGGCUGUUAGUGCCAUAAUCCUCACCUUACCUCACUUCCUGUCCGAGUCCUACGAUUUCGACUCUGUUUUGCACAACCGCCACGACAUCUGCGUCCUGCAAGCGAACAACAGCAGCACCGCCGACUCCUGCAGCCGAGACGAGAGCAAGCGUCUGAAGGACACCAGCAACCUGUGGCUGCUCAUGGGCAGCGCUCAGCUGCUGUUCGGCGUGGGCUCCGUCCCCAUCCAGCCCUUCGGCAUUUCCUACAUAGAUGACUUUGCAGAAAAGAACAACUCCCCUCUCUACAUAGCCAUCCUGUAUGCGGUGUCUGUGUUCGGCCCCGUCAUGGGCUACCUGCUGGGCUCGUUUGCUCUGCAGAUCUACGUGGACGUGGACAGGAUCAGUUUGGGAAAGGAACAAGGGUUAUCACUGGGGGACCCCCGCUGGGUGGGGGCCUGGUGGAUGGGUCUGCUCAUCGCCACGGGCUGCCUGGUCCUCACCUCCGUCCCGUACUUCUUCUUCCCUCGCCGGAUGCCUUCAGAGAGCAAAGAGACUAAAAGUCAAACCGUCCUGAAUGAAGACUUGAGGAAAGCAGACAUCUCUCUGUUCGAGUUCCUUAAAAUGUUUCCCAGGAUGCUUGUCAACCUGCUGCUGAACCCGUUUUUCCUGCUGCUGGUCCUGGCGCAGUGCUGCUUCUCCUCCGUCAUCGCAGGCCUGUCCACCUUCCUCAGCAAGUUUCUGGAGCGGCAGUACGCAGCUUCCAUUUCCUACGCCAGCCUGCUCGUGGGUGCUGUGAAUCUGCCUUCCGUGGCUGUGGGCAUGCUGGCAGGUGGGAUCAUCAUGAAGAAAGUGGGGCUUUCCAUGAAGGUCAUCCCACGUUUCUCUGUAGUUAUGCUCACCUUUUCCACCCUGCUCUGCAUCCCGCUCUUCUUCAUGGGCUGUCCGACCCAGAAAAUAUCAGGAGUUAACGACAGGCUGGACGGAUCUUUAUCCAUCUGCUAUCAGAACUGCUCCUGUCCUGCCUCUGCCUUCAACCCUGUGUGUGGCUCAGAUGGCGUCGAGUACAUUUCUCCGUGUCACGCCGGCUGCACAAACUUCACCAGAGACCCCAACAACACGCACAAGAUUCAGGUGUACACAAACUGCAGGUGUAUACCAGGCGGUCAGAGUCAGGCCCAUUCAGGUCCAUGUGGAAACAGCUGCUCUCAUCUGCUCGUGCCCGUCAUCCUCGUCAUCUCUCUGGCAUCCUUCAUCGCUUGCUUCAGCCACAACCCAAUAUACAUGAUGGUGCUCAGAUGCGUUCCUUCUGAGGAGAAGUCAUUUGCUAUUGGAAUCCAGUUCUUACUCAUGAGGAUGUUAGCCUGGCUUCCAGCUCCAGCACUUUUUGGCGUGGCCAUUGAUUCUUCUUGCAUCAAAUGGAAGCUAGUGUGUGGAAAGAAGUUUAGCUGUAGUUACUACGACAACGGCCUCUUUAGAAGCUGGUACUUGGGUUUGCAGGUGGGUUUUAAAACCCUGGGCAUUGCCAUUUUGAUGCUGGUGGGGUGGAAGGUGCAGCGGACCAAAGAGUACAGUCUGGAAGAGAAGAAGUCUGAAGGAUUGCUAAGGCCCUAGCGGCUCCGUUGGUCCAGGCCCUUCACCCUUUUGCUGCGGUCGGAAACAUCUGGUGGCGGGUUGAGCCGAGAGGAGCUGCAUCAGUCAGAAGAAUGGAUAAUCAAAGAUUUCUGCACGGCCACCGUGCCUGACUGCUGCAGAGGGAAGAACAAUGUGGAUAAAUGUAUGGCUCAUGUUUAGAACAAACAAUAUUUUACUCAUCAUAAAUGAAGGCAAGACGCUAAAGCGUCCCUCAUCCAUAGCACUGGUACAUUCCAAUAUUGAACGUGCAUCAGUGGUGGUCGCUGACUGAUCAUCAGAGCAGCUGCACGUCUUCAUAAAUGAACUGUUCUCCCGUGUUUGGAACCCUUUGCACUGUAUGUAAUUAAGUAACUGUUGCUCAAUAUUUAAAUUAUUUUUAUAGUCGUUUUCCUUGAAAGCAGACUUUUGUAAUAACCACAAUAAAACCACUUGUAGUCUCUUUCAGUUAUAGUACAUUUUACGUGCCAAGCACAGAUGCUUCAACUCAUAUUUUUAUUAAAAAAAGAAAAAAGAAUGAAA